AUGGAGUUGGCAGUGAUGAGUUUGUUGAUGAUGGCUUUGACUGGGGGCAUCGCUGGGGAGCUGGCACCCCCUGAGAGACCGUACAAGAUCCUCAUGCUCUUCCCUGUCUCCACCAAGAGCUACUCCAAUACUUUCCUGACACUAGCAGAAGCUCUGGCUGACCGUGGACAUAAGGUAGUUAUGUUGACAAACCACCCGAAGUCAUCGAACCAUCCCAACAUAAGCGAGAUAACACACGGGCUCACAUACUUUAGGGAAGAAAACAUCAAUGUAUUUCAGUCGCUAAAGAAUCCAUCGAAAUUAUUUGAGCUGGUGCCAACGGUGGCCCGGGACCUCUACCACGUCCCAGCCGUGAAAGACCUCUACAACAGCAGGAAACAGUUCGACUUAAUGAUAGUCAGCAUCUUCGUCAACGAGCUAUCCUAUCCAUUCCUGCUGGGGAUGCCUUUCGUGUCCGUGUUGACGCAAACCCUGAAUCCCCGCCAAAGCGCCGCCCAAGGCAACGUGCUCCACCCGGCCUACGUUCCCUCCUGGGGCGCACUGAGGGCCCCUGCGUCAGCCUGGGAGCGCGGCCUCAACGCCCUCUCCCACAUUUACAAGGCCCUCGACUACCGGUUCAGGUACCUGCCUUUGGUGCAGAAAGAAAUCAGUGCCCACUUCCCGGACUUGCCGCCCCUGCAGGAGCUGGAGAGGAACUCAAGCCUCACCUUUAUCAACACCCACUUUACCCUGGGGGCGCCGCUGCCUCUCCUUCCCUCACAGGUGGAGGUGGCCGCUAUGCACUGUCGCCCCGGCAAGCUUCUUCCUCAGGAGCUGGAGUCGUGGAUCACAGGUGCGGGAUCCGCCGGAGUUAUCUACUUCGCUCUGGGCUCCUUCAUACGAGGGAAGAACAUGCCAAGCCAGUACCGCGACCUCUUCCUCCAGGCUUUCCGCAGACUACCCCAGCGAGUCAUCUGGAAGUAUGAGGAAGAACUGGAGAACGUCCCCGAUAACGUAAUGAUCAGCAAUUGGCUUCCCCAGCAGGAUAUUCUUGCCCACCACAGGGUGAAGGUGUUCAUCACCCACGGCGGCAUGUUCAGCAUGCUGGAGGCCAUCUACCACGCCACGCCACUCCUCGUCCUCCCCAUCAGCAACGACCAGCCCAGGAAUGCAAUGUUCGUCACGGACGCCGGAGUGGGACUCACUCUCGCCUGGGACGCCCUCACUGUUGACAUCCUCCUCCACACUCUCGCCCGCCUCAUCAACCACUCAAAGUAUAAAGACAACGUUUUGAAGAUGUCUGCUGGACUGCGGGACCAACCCACCUCACCCAGGGACCUGGCGGUGUUCUGGACGGAGUAUGUCAUCCGCCACAGAGGGGCGCCCCAUCUGAGGUCACCGGCGGCACAGCUUUCCUGGGUGGAGUUCCUCAUGCUGGACGUCAUUCUGCUUCUCCUCCUGGCCCUCUUCAUAUUCUACUUCAUCCUACGUCGUUUCCUAAGCCUCCUCUCUCGUGACAUCUCCGGUUCCGCUGGCUCCGCAAAGAAAGAUUAG